ACUGUCUCGGUCUUGGGCGCCACUGAUCUAAGGUCACGGCUCUGCUUGCUGCUCCCACCCGCUCCAGUUUAAAACCUGCGGUUCCAGGGUUCUCCAGCCCCUCCCUUUCUCACGCUCCGAAGCCGAGAAGUCCCAAAGCGAAGACAGAGAGGACUCGGAAGUAGGGAAAACCUCUGAGCACGUGAUGGGGGAACACGCGGGUGCUGUCACGUGAUCCGACAAACGGCCUCUGCAUAGUGCAGAACAUUCUGCUGCUCUUAAAGGUACAGGCCUCAGGGUCCCUGCUGUAGACGGGGCGGGGGCAGAGUACGAUGGGUGGAGUGUGGUGGGUCGUAGGGCGCUCGAGAUGGAGCCCCCAGCUUCCUUGAUGGAUCGCGGGGCGCGAGUGCCCUAGACAAGCCGGAGCUGGGACCGGCAGUCGGGCGUUGAUCCUUGUCACCUGUCGCAGACCCUCAUCCCUCCCGUGGGAGCCCCCUUUGGACACUCUAUGACCCUGGACCCUCGGGGGACCUGAACUUGAUGCGAUGGGAGGCUGUGCAGGCUCGCGGCGGCGCUUUUCGGAUUCCGAGGGGGAGGAGACCGUCCCGGAGCCCCGGCUCCCUCUGUUGGACCAUCAGGGCGCGCAUUGGAAGAACGCGGUGGGCUUCUGGCUGCUGGGCCUUUGCAACAACUUCUCUUAUGUGGUGAUGCUGAGUGCCGCCCACGACAUCCUUAGCCACAAGAGGACAUCGGGAAACCAGAGCCAUGUGGACCCAGGCCCAACGCCGAUCCCCCACAACAGCUCAUCACGAUUUGACUGCAACUCUGUCUCUACGGCUGCUGUGCUCCUGGCGGACAUCCUCCCCACACUCGUCAUCAAAUUGUUGGCUCCUCUUGGCCUUCACCUGCUGCCCUACAGCCCCCGGGUUCUCGUCAGUGGGAUUUGUGCUGCUGGAAGCUUUGUCCUGGUUGCCUUUUCUCAUUCUGUGGGGACCAGCCUGUGUGGUGUGGUCUUCGCUAGCAUCUCAUCAGGCCUUGGGGAGGUCACCUUCCUCUCCCUCACUGCCUUCUACCCCAGGGCCGUGAUCUCCUGGUGGUCCUCAGGGACUGGGGGAGCUGGGCUGCUGGGGGCCCUGUCCUACCUAGGCCUCACCCAGGCCGGCCUCUCCCCUCAGCAGACCCUGCUGUCCAUGCUGGGUAUCCCUGCCCUGCUGCUGGCCAGCUAUUUCUUGUUGCUCACAUCUCCUGAGGCCCAGGACCCUGGAGGGGAAGAAGAGGCAGAGAGCGCAGCCCGGCAGCCCCUCAUAAGAACCGAGGCCCCGGAGUCGAAGCCAGGCUCCAGCUCCAGCCUCUCCCUUCGGGAAAGGUGGACGGUGUUCAAGGGUCUGCUGUGGUACAUUGUUCCCUUGGUCGUAGUUUACUUUGCCGAGUAUUUCAUUAACCAGGGACUUUUUGAACUCCUCUUUUUCCGGAACACUUCCCUGAGUCACGCUCAGCAAUACCGCUGGUACCAGAUGCUGUACCAGGCUGGCGUCUUUGCCUCCCGCUCUUCUCUCCGCUGCUGUCGCAUCCGUUUCACCUGGGCCCUGGCCCUGCUGCAGUGCCUCAACCUGGUGUUCCUGCUGGCAGACGUGUGGUUCAGCUUUCUGCCAAGCAUCUACCUCGUCUUCCUGAUCAUUCUGUAUGAGGGGCUCCUGGGAGGCGCAGCCUACGUGAACACCUUCCACAACAUCGCCCUGGAGACCAGUGAUGAGCACCGGGAGUUUGCAAUGGCGGCCACCUGCAUCUCUGACACACUGGGGAUCUCCCUGUCGGGGCUCCUGGCUUUGCCUCUGCAUGACUUCCUCUGCCAGCUCUCCUGAUACUCGGGAUCCUCAGGACGCAGGUCACAUUCACCUGUGGGCAGAGGGACAGGUCAGACACUCAGGCCCACCCCAGAGACCCUCCAUGAACUGUGCUCCCAGCCUUCCCGGCAGGUCUGGGAGUAGGGAAGGGCUGAAGCCUUGUUUCCCUUGCAGGGGGGCCAGCCAUUGUCUCCCACUUGGGGAGUUUCUUCCUGGCAUCAUGCCUUCUGAAUAAAUGCCGAUUUUAUCCAUGGA